AUGAAACAAAUAUCGAGUGCUAGAGCUUUAUUUGGCUGUUUUAACACCAUAUUCUUUGGUUGUGGUUUUUUGAAAGUGGUUUGUGGAUUCCUUCUGCUGAGUGAUUCUCGAAGAAUUCUUCUAUCACGGUUGCUCGCGAUGCCAGAGGAUGGACUUUAUGAGCCUCCGUUCUACUACGUCGCGCUCGCGCUCCUGGGAGCUGGACUUAUCGUUUGCACUGUGGCUGCUUUAGGUGUUUGGGCCACUUACUUACCUGGAUACAUUAUUUUAACUUUUUACUUUCUGAUAGUGCUCGGCUUGCUACUCUGCGAGUGCGCAGCGGGUGUGUUGGCAGCAAUAUGGUUGCGAUGUUACGGCAUCCAGGCCACUCGCGGCGGAGCGGUCGGAGCUCUACAGAGCUACUACGCGGUGCCAGACUUUGAACAUUUCACAGCGGCAUUGGAUUUAGCACAGACUGAGUUGCAAUGCUGCGGCAUGACAAGCGCACGCAACUACGACAUGUCGCUGUGGCAGCUACGACGGCUCGGUCCGCGCGGGAUGUCGGUACCGCUCAGCUGUUGCGUACAAACCGAACACGUCUCCUAUCUCAACCCAGCCCCUGUAAACCAGUCUCGUUGCCAAGAGGUGCAGCCCAUUCCACAGUUCAGACAUGUACAUGGUUGCCAAACAAAACUGGAAGACUGGUACCAAGAGCAAUACUUCGUAUUCAUGCUAGCGUUGUUUGUAGUCGCCGUCUUCAAACUGGCUGUGCUAUUAAGUACCGUGUUUUCAUGUAUUCGUCUAAAAAGAAGCAAGCAGGAGAAGCAUUUCUUUACUUUAAAAAGUAUGCAGAGUAAGUCGAAUGAAAACAUUUACGAACGGAAUGUAAGCUUGCACGAUGAACCGAUAACAGCCAAAUACGUCCAACCAAAUAACUUUUACAGUCCACGUGUACGCAACCCGAGGAUUUUCAACAAGCCGAAUGAGAUGGUAUGAGAAUUAGCCGCGGAGAUAAAUUCUUUAGAGAGGAAGUUGGAGACCUUCUCUGAUAUUCUGUAUAAACAUCAAGCCGACUCUAUUAUGUGGUGAUACAUUUUUAAUCUUUCCAACAAUCA